GCCUUCAUCUUUAUUUGCUUCCAAGUUGCCGUCUCUAAGCGAUUCUAGAUGGGUAAGCCCCAGACUAAGUCCUCCGGUAGAAGAAUCAAGUCCUAUGCUAGAGCCUUCUCGGGAGCAAAGGCGUUCAGCAUCCGAACCGGUUAGCCCCAGGGCAUCUUUCGGGGAUCUCAAAUCUCAAAACGGCCGCCGCCGUGAUGGCUCUAUGACCUGCUUCCCCAAGCUUCCUUCGCGGACAUCUACGACUGACUGGCUAACACCAUUAGGCUUGUUCGGGGAAUCAAACAUGUCACAACAUAAGGCAACUAUGUCAGAUCUUUAUGUACUUGGCAUCGAUGCCCACUCAGGAGCAGAUGUACCAAAGCCCUUAGAAAUAUUAGAGGAAUCACCACCCCCAACACUGGCGCCGAGUGAGGAUUUCCUCUUCCAGUCUUCUGGUCCACAGUGGCCCACACAAGUGGAUAAAGGAUCCGAUACGCAUCUCAAGGCGGGUUCUGCAAUCGGUGUCUCUGCGCAUCGACGAAAGAGUAGCAUCAAACCAAUAGAAGCUCCAAAGCCGCACCAAAAUCAUGGUCUCUUGGACACGCUGCGCCGGUACAGUUUUAUGCCCUUAUCAGACCAGACGCCCGAGAACAUCCGUGAAGCAUCACCCCCAGCCCGAACGUUGGCCGAUCUACCGCUGCGAGAAGAUGGCGGGAGGAAGCAGUCGUCAAAAGACUUACUGCAGGAAAUCCUCGACAGGAAACCGCCAUCGAAAAGAUCGUCGCGGAGAUCGUCGCGAAGACCAUCACACGUUCACAUUGAUAUCCAGGGCCGAAGUAGAACGGGUACAGGGUCAUCGCGGAGAAGCGGGCUAGAUCGGUCCGACACGGCUUGGUUUGAGUGAGGUACAUCAACUUUAUGAUUGCUUGGGUAGAGAUUAGCAAAAUAAAAUGGCUUGUUUGACCAGCACGCUCUUCCCUUUCGCGAAAUCAAGACCUAUUCAGAUUGCUAGAGAUUAUUCACGUCAGACAUAGCAAACAGAUUUAUUCGAACGUUGCUUCAUUUGAUAUCGUCUAAGUGUGUAGU